UGCAGAGGACAACCAGAUGGCGUCGCUUUCGCUGCCCACCACACCGUAUAUGACGCUUGGGGUGGACAGCAUUAGUCAGUCGGCGCCGUCAAACCGCACACAAUACGCCCAGCCAAGUCAGCCAUCGCUGCACGGCAACAAUGGCGCUAGCACGGCACAUGACAUGUUUACUUCGCUCAGUGACCCAUCGCUGAUGGACCCAGCACCAGCAAAUGCAGCGGGCUUCUUGGCGGCCGAGUCAUCGAUUGGCAGCCUGGCUAAUCUUGCAGCCGGAACGAGUGCCGGCCUGCACGAUGACUCGCUGAACAUUGAAUUGUAUCCUCCAGCCAAUGGUGCUGGCGGUGUCGGAACUCCGCACGUAGGCUCUGUGGGCGCAGCCGGAUUGCUGUCAGGUGUUGCCACAACAGGCGCUGUCGCUGCCGCUGCUGCUGUGGCAUCAAGCAGCCUGCAGAGCGGCACGCCAUACAUGCCCAACGCUAUGCUUGGUGGGAUUGUCGAUGCCGACCCCGCCUCCACACCUCACAUGGCCAUGCUGGGCAACAACUCGCCCGCUGUCUGGGACAUUCAUGGGACGAACCAGGCAACGACCUAUCUCACCAAACAUGGGCUCGCUCAGACUACAUGGCGGGUCGGUGACGCACACAGCGACCCACUCCCCGGCCCAGCCGCCGAUGGGGUUUCGCUCACCCGCCACCGACUUCACAGGAGUAGCGGCGACAGUGGCGCUGGCAGCAUCAAUCACCCCUGGUAGCAUGGACUAUCCGUCAUUCCCAGUGAGUGGUGCGGCAGGGACUGCAGGCGUACCGCACAACAAGAUGAUGGUGUAUCCGAACAGCAUCGGCGAUGCUACCAUCUCCAUGGCGCUCUUUGAUGAGCGGACAGUCAACACUAUUGCCUCGGUCUUGGCUUCGCCUGAGAUGGCUAUUCCCUUCGAGCAGCCGUCGCCAGCAAUGACCAACUACAACGUGUCGGCAAGCGCGACCCCAGCAGUUGACGGCUGCUCGGCCCCAUCGCUGACCCCCCAGGCGCAUAUGCUGAACAGCGCCCUGGCCAUGCGCACACCCAGAUCGCUGAACUCAUCGCAGGCUGCACCUGAGGACUCGAUUGCAUCGUCGGCAAUGGCCAGCUACUUUGGCACCCUAACCACCACAGAGUCGAUGGUGUCUGCUGCCGCGCAAGUCCUGACCUACCCCCCGCCCAAUCUGACGUCUGGCAACCAGAUGGACUUUGAAGAUAUGCUCGAGUAGCACUGUUUGCUUUCAUCUAUUCUGCCUGUCCUCUCCCUCUUCCUGAAUCUUGCUUUCUUGCUAGACUGUAUAUUAUCACCUACCUUAACACACGUUAACAAAUGAAUACCCGCUUAAUUGCCAUCUGGUGUAUGGUGCUAUGCAAUCGG